AUGGGAAAGCUCAAUUUAUUGUUCGGUAAGAAAAAACGUUCUUCUAAUGAUAACGAAAAUCCUUCAACUCCAAUACCAUCGACUCUAACGAAAAAUGGGUCUCCAAGACUGUCUUUGAAUCACUCUCAAUCGGAGUCUAUUAUUCCGUUUCAAAAAGAGAUUUCUCCUUUGACCUCUGUACAAAAUGAUCAAAAAACUGACGGUCUGUUAAACGAAAUAUUUAACGAGUUGAGUUUAGUGGGAACGAAAGCAAGUAAACAUAAUCGUCGUCUAUCUCAUCGAUCUUCGGCCUCUCGUUCUUCGGGAGGUUUAAGAACUUUAAUCUCAAAACAAAUGGUUCUUCACGAUACAAGUUCAACAACAAGUAACGAUCGAUCUAAUAACUUUGCAACUUAUAAUAAUAAUUCUAAAGUAAAAAAACAAUUGGAUAGCGAUGACUCUGAAACUGAAAGUGAAAGUGUUUCUAGUGAUAGUGAAUCAAGUGAUGAUAGUCUUUACAGAAAAAAAUCAAAGAAAUUAAUGCAAAAAAAUAAAAAGCAAUUAAAAGACAGUAGUGAUAGUAGUGAUGAUCAAACCUCUAACGUUAACCCUAACGUUAACCCUAACGCUAACCCUAACGUUAACCCUAACGUUAACCCUAAUGUUAACCCUAAUUUUAACCAUAAUGUUAACGGUGGAAAUCCUCUCAUUCAAUCCAGAAAAGAAGUCUCUCAAAAAACUGUAAUUGUAGAAGAUUGGGUUCAAGACGUGAAUCCCAGUGAUGGUGUAAAUAAUGUACUUGAUAGAAUGAAGGAUAGACAUCGAAUGGAGGCGAGGGCAAUACAUAUGUCUCCACCACAACAUCAUUUAUAUGGUUAUCCAGAUGAUGAUAGAUAUGAUCAUAACGGAAGAUAUGAAAGAGAUCAUCCUGAUCGUACUUAUGACGAUUAUCGUGAGAGAGAUAGAUAUCCAAGAGAUGAUUAUAGGGAUCCAAGAGAUGAUUAUAGGGAUCCAAGAAAUGAUUAUAGAGAUCCAAGAAAUGAUUAUAGGGAUCCAAGAAACGAUUAUAGGGAUCCAAGAAACGAUUAUAGGGAUCCAAGAAAUGAUUAUAGGGAUCCAAGAAAUGAUUAUAGGGAUCCAAGAAACGAUUAUAGGGAUCCAAGAAACAAUUAUAGGGAUCCAAGAAACGAUUAUAGGGAUCCGAGAGAUGAUUAUAGGGAUCUAAGAAAUGAUUAUAAAGAUCCAAGAGAUGGUUAUAAACAUUCAAGAGAUGGCUCUCAUACUUCUUCCAUUUCUUCAAAGUCUAGUUCACAAAGUGAACGAGCUAAUAAUGAACUAAUACGUAGAGAUCCAAUAAACAGACAAUUUUUAUCUCCAAAUGCUAAUUUAGCAACUCGUUUGUCAGUCCUUUCUACGGACAGUGAUAUAAUUCCCUUAGGUAGAAAAUAUGGUUUAAAUAUACCAAGCGCAAUUAACGAAACUGCUAGCGAGUCACUAUCAAUAUCUUCAAAUCAGGAAAUACCAAAUUCAAGACGAAAGAAAAAAGUCCCAAGCGCAAUUAAUGAAACUGCUAGUGAUUCACAGUCAGUAUCAUCAAACCAGGAAAGUAUUACCAGUAAUAGUACUUAUUCCAGGGUUAGUACUCGUUCCAAAGUAACAGAUUCAAACCGAAAAAAUACCGCACCUAAACUCCUCGCGAAGGCUCGUAGUUAUGAUUUACGUCCAGGUCCAAGUCCAAUACCAAGACAUGGUCAAAAUGGUUACCGAGAACGCGAGGAUUCAAAUGGUCGAUAUUUACAUGAUGAUAUACCUCCACCUCCACCACGAUAUUACUCUUCUCAAUAUCGUGAAGAUCGAUACCCAUUACAUAACCCUAAACAUAUCCAACAUGAUAUGUCUCGUUCAAAAUUUGGUUAUCCACCACCUUCAGAUCCUGCAUUAACUCUCAAUAAAAAAAUACCAUUAAUCGAAAUGGCUGGUUAUCGUUAUGAUCAGACAAAACGUAAUGCAAACCAAAUAAAUCAACCAUUUCUAUCAAAAGAUCCUCUUCCUAUGCAAUUUUCAUCUGAAGGCCCACAAAGAGGUGGCUAUAUUCCAAGAGAUCGUGGAUAUUUAUCGCCGGAACGAGAAUAUCCAUUACCUCAGGAAAGAGAUGAUUAUAAUGCAUCGGAUAGAGGUUACCCUCCUCCUCGAUUUUAUGAUCGUGGUGAUAGGCGUGAAUAUGAUCAUGAACGCGAUGGAUUUGGUGGUGAUAGGUAUAAUGAUAGGUAUAACGAUAGGUAUGCUGAUAGAUAUAAUGAUAGGUAUGGUGAUAGGUAUAGUGAUAG